CAAGAGGGUCACAGGAACCACAACAUGGACCCUGCUGUCGUUGGUAGUUCCCAGUUCGACAUCGUCUUCAAGACUUCACUCCCCGGUCGAUACAUCGGAGCAACCGAGCAGAUCUUCUCACAACCUCUCGUCUACACUCCAUCUGGCGGCACCACGCAGUACGUGUUUCUCGCGACGACACAGAACAACAUCUACAAGCUCGACGCAAAGACAGGCGAGAUUCUAGCCUCGCGAAAACUCCACAUUCCUUUCCUGACGGCCGAUCUCGACGGCUGUGUCGACGUGAACCCGACAGUUGGCGUGACUGCGACGGGCGUCAUCGAUCCUUCGACUGAUACUUGGUAUCUUACGGCAAAGACGUACAUUGAUCAGACGGCUGGACAGGUCGCGCAGGGAAGGCCGGCUGGUCGAUACUACGUUCAUGCUAUCAACGUCAACGAUCUCACCGAGAGGCCAAAUUUUCCAAUAAACCUCGAAGGUCUGAUUGCUAACAACAACCCCGAACGAAUGUUUACAGGUGGCAUUCACCACCAGCGCCCCGGAUUGCUCCACACGGGGCAGUACGUCUAUGCGGGUUUCGCCUCCCACUGCGUUCAGUACAACUUCACAGGCUGGAUCAUUGGUUGGGACAAGACAACUGGCAAGAUUGUUGAGAAGUGGGCAGCGGAGGGCAAGGGUGUCCCCAACACCAUCCAAGGCGCUGGUGUCUGGAUGUCUGGAGGUGGUCUUGCGUCCGACAAUGCUGGAUCCAUGUUUUUUGCCAGUGGAAACGGCUAUGCUUCCCAACUCUCGACGAUCCCUGUCAAUGGCUUCACGCCGCCUACGGCCAUGGAACAAGCAGCGGUUCACAUGUCGAUCAACGACGAUGGUUCACUCAGCGUGAUUGACUUUUUCAUGCCAUUCGAGAAGCAGGAGCUGGAUGGUGCAGAUAAGGAUUUGGGAACGAGUCCUCUGGAACUUCUGCCAAGUCAAUUCUCGUGUGGCGAUGUCAAACGAAUGGGCGUCGUGACGGGAAAGUCAGGCAAGACGUACUGGCUCAACCUCGAUGAUCUUGGUGGAUAUCGAAAUGGGCCGAAUAGCAAGGAUAGAGUGCUUCAGACGUUUCAGAACGAGAACUCUGUCUACGCUGGAGCUGGUGUUUAUCCCCUUGAGGGCGGCUACAUCUACAUCAACGUCAUUCAAUAUCCUACGCAUGUCUUCAAGUUCUCAUGCACCAACGGCGUUCCUUACUUCACAAAGGUUGCUGACAGUCCGACCAAGAAUGCCUACAUCUUGGGCGUAAGCCACGGAACAACCACAUCCUUGAACGGACAGCCAGGCACGGGUCUGCUUUGGGUGUCUGACGUUCAAAACACCAACUUCAAGGUCUACGACGCUGUUCCGAAGGAUGGAUACUUGAAUGUCAUCAGGAACUUUACCAUUGUUGGUAUCACCAAAUUCAGCAGGCCAGUCUUUGGCGACGGAAUGGCCUACAUCGGAACGACGGUCGGUUACUUUUACGGCCUUGGUGCUACGAACAAGGUGCCUCUCAACUGCACGUCACCUAUUGACUUUGGAACUGCCGACUUUCAAGACGUUACAAAUCCGCAGACGGUGAACUGCACGGCGUCAUUUGACAUGACCAUCAACAGCAUCGAUCUCGCGGAUGGCACCAACUACAACAUCUCGACGGUGCCUACUCUACCAUUGACUCUUACCAAGGGAAAGUCGUUUUCUUUCAAGGCCCAGUUCUUCCCCAAGAGCAUUGGUCGACUUGGUGGAACUGUCAACAUUCAAACCACCGGCGUUACGGAUGAUUCGUACAGCAAGACGACUAGAGUUCGGCUGACGGGAGUCGGCAAGAGUACCAGUGCCUUGCUCUCCGUCAAUCCAAAGUCUGUCACAUUUGCUGGGCUGGUUACAGGGACGGACCCCGAUCGAGAGACUGUUCUGUUAUCCAACGAUGGAACCAAUCAACUCCAGGUGUCAGCCGUGUUGUUCUCAAACACAUCGGCCGAUGGACCUUUUGACACCUGGACCGGCAUUGGAAGUCUCAAGGUUGGCAAGUUUUCGUUGACAGACAUCCCAGCCACCAUUGACGGGGGUAUCUCGACUGCCGUUUCCAUCAGACCUGAUACAUCUUCUGCUGGCAAUUUCCAAGGAUGGGUCAAGUUUGUUACGACUGGAGGGAACGGAACUGUCUACAUGGCAGCAUCAGCAGGUGAUCCAGCAUCAGCCCUGCUCGAGUUUCAGACACCGGAUGGUUCUGGUUGGGUGACCUACGAAUCUGGCAAGCCCUUUACCUUUGGCAAUGUCACAGAGAACACUUCGAGAUCUUUAAAGUUCAGAGUCACCAAUAACGUCGCAGCAGGCGGUGUCAAACUCUCUCUCACCGUGUCCAAACCUCCCUUCGGAGUUGCUGGUAUUAUCCGGGCUGCCAACCAGAUUGAUCUGGCUGAGGGAACUCUGCUCGCACCAGGACAGAGUCAGACAGCAGUGCUCACCUGUACUGUCCCCAAGAGUCAGUGGAACUUGGAGCCCUACAACGGAACGGCGCAGUGGACCAUGAACACCAACGAUCCUACCUGGGAUAAGCAGUUUGUCCAAUUCUUCUGCAACGCCGUGACAGAGCAAGCCGCUCCUCUUCUUCCCAAUGGCCUCGGUCAGUACCGUUACGUGGGGUGCUUCAAAGAGAACAACCCCGGUCGUCAGUUGUCCAACCUCUUGUACGGCGAUGAGACAAAUACCAACAAGAUGUGCAUCAACGCCUGCGGACAGAAGGGCUCGACAUUCUGCGGAACACAGUACCGUCGGGAGUGCUGGAGCGGAAAUAAGAUACCCAACCUCAAGGUCGACGACAAGAACUGCAACUUUGACUGUUCUGGCGACUUGAACCAGAUUUGUGGCGGCAACGGUAUCGAUGGCGCUGGUGCUUACAUCAGUCUGUUUGCUGAUACGCUGUCAUGGGACGGUAGCUUUGGGACUAUUGGUGGUGUCGAUGGUCCCAAGGGCCCUUUUGUGAACCCUGGAGUUUACGGAUACAACAGUAUCGGCUGCUAUACUGAAGCUACUACCGGUCGAGCACUCAGAACUGGUAAGGGUGUAGACUCGCCCACAGUUGCCAACUGUGUCCAAGCUUGCAAGGCUGGAAGCUUCACAUAUGCCGGAGUUGAGUACGGUGGAGAGGCAAGUGCUAACAAUGUCCAGUGCUACUGUGGCAACGACUUCUCUGCUGGGUCUGUUCCUGCUCCUAUCGGGGAGUGUGCCAUGCUCUGCAACGGUAACACGACUGAGUUUUGUGGUGGUCCCAACCGUUUGAAUGUUUACCAGUUCAAUGCACCUGUGAGCAGUUCAUCGUCGACGUCUAGCUCCACCACGAGCAGCAGUACCGUUUCAACAUCCGCUUCGUCCUCACUCUCGACGGCCUCAUCUUCCUCGAACGUAGUGUCGAGCUCCAGUACUGCUGCUUCCAUAAGCUCGUCGACUAGCAGUUCCAGUUCGACUACCACCUCUUCCAGCUCAACGACGAGUAGCUCCACCUCAACUACCAGCAGCACGACAACAACCUCCUCAACCACAAGUUCCAGUGCCAAGGCCACUCCCACUGGGCCGCAAAUAUCUGACAAGAUCGGAAACUGGGACUUCCAGGGCUGUUGGACGGAAGCCUCCAGCAUGCGAGCCCUCAGCCAGAAGGCCUAUGCUAAGGACGACAUGACGCUCGACAACUGUGCUUCCUUCUGUGAUGGCUUCGGUUACUUUGGAGCGGAGUAUGGACGCGAGUGCUAUUGUGGAAACUUCCUUAACUCGGGCAGUGUGAAGGCCGACAACCAAAAGGACUGCUCAUUCACCUGCCCUGGAGACAAGACCCAGUACUGUGGUGCUGGUAACAGGCUUCAGCUUUAUCGAAACGCUGCCCUGCCGACUACCACUUCAAGUACCACUUCAAGCACCACUCUCAGCACCAGAAGCAGUACUACAACAACCAAGGCAGCUACUCCCACUGUCGUGGCCGGAAACAAGAACUUUACCAUGUACAACUGCGUCUCCGAACCCUCCAACGGCCGCAUCCUCCCACGACAGAUGCUCAACGACGGCGACGGUAUGACCAUCGAUGUUUGCCUCGAAAAGUGCUGGAUGUUCAAGUACGCCGGUGUCGAAUACGGCCGAGAGUGCUGGUGUGGUGAUACUCUCAACUUGGCGGGCAACACGGGCGCUACUCCCGGAAAGAACGUCACCAUGGACGACUGCAACUUCAAGUGUCCUGGAGAUACGCUCACUUUCUGCGGAGCGGGAUCAAGGAUGAACUUGUACAUAAAUAACUCUACGGCGUUAUCGGAGAUUAGAAGGCGGCGAAGGCGUCAUUGGGCAAGUCCUUUACGGAACUUGACAUAG